AUGCCUUUGUUGCAGACUCGCCGGCCAUGGCCCCCAACUCCAGGACGAAAACCGUUCUCUUCGGAGGAGUCGGCAAUUCUCAGACAAUACCUAGAAGAUUUUCGUGUCAAAACGAAGGAAGAAAGAAAGAAGCUGCUGAUGUAUGAGGUAUACAGACUCAUGAAGGCCAAGGCACCCCCCCUGCUUACAGAGGAGCAGUGGAAGGAGAGGAAGACGAAGAUCAAAGAGUGGUUUCAAAAACAUGGAAGACGCAUCAGGAUGCCGAAGUUUGGAUAUGUCAAACUCAUUUCCACCAGAUAUGUAGUUGCGCACCUGCGCCAGGAGCAAAUACAUGAGGUCGUGAAGAGGCUCGCAAAGGGCGCGCCACCUGGGUCAAGAGUGUUUCUUGCUAAAUACCAACAAGGCCUAAAGGAAGUAAUGGGUGGUCUCACAGAUGCUGAGAAAGAGGAGUAUAAAGGCUUGGCAGAGGAAUGGACGAAUGCCAUACCGCCCCCUGACGUCCAAAGAAAACUCAAUUCGAAACAUGGCCUGGGCAUGAUGAGAGAAAUGGAUAAAGUCAAGCAAUACCAGCUAGGAGUUUUCAGCUGGAGUCUGUAUUUGAACUACAUUCAAGAAUUUCAGCAGGGGCCUUCAGAUUCACCGGCGCAACAUUGCUAUACCAGGCUGAGGCAGAAACGGAAGGCGCCGCAUUUUGACCUCGAUGGCGGCCUACCAGUGCUUCCUCUUGCGCCCGAGGAUAGAGCUGAAUCUGGCGAUCUACUUAAAUCCCUCAUCAGAGAAUUCAUGACCAUUCAUUAUCGUUUGGCUUCAGGCAAGCCAUCAGUGGUCGUUCCCUGGUUUUGUUUAGAUGAGCACAGGAACACGUUGUGGGAGAGUGAGAUGUGGCCUGAGGAUGUCAAGAUCCGUGAUCCCAGCAAAUUAACGGUUCCAUGCUGCAAGAAAAUACUUCAAUUGUGGAGAGGCCGACAGCAGACUGGUGGGGCAAGUCACACGUUUCUUUUUUCUUUUUUCAUAGAAGAUAAAAAACUGUCCCCUGCCCUGCAUGACUUGUCUCAACAAGGCAGUACCCCUGCGCCCAGUCUAAGGAAUAUUGGUUCUGCGGCGGCUGUUGCCACUCCGGCGCCCAAUGGGUGCGUUUCCUCUACGACCCGACCAUCGUCCACCAGGCCUGGCCCGACCAUUUCCACUGCAGACCCCCACAUGGAUCCUAUUGGUCCAACACCAUCUGGGACAUUGAUAGGUAGCCCAGAUCAGCCACUGGAUCCAGCAAUGGUCCCAAAUGCGGCCUUAAUGACAACAGCGAUGGGCACCCCUGCGGCCAGUACAAGGAAUAUGGGUGCUGUGGCGGCUCUUGCCACUGCUGCAGCCAAUGGGCGCGCUUCUCCAAAUGCUUCCUCUGGGGCGCAUCCAGCUCAUUUCACGUCGCCUAUGUUAAUGGACCGAGGUCUCCCUGAUGAUCCUGAAUCCGAUCUGCCCGUUGUAAAAAAAAAGCGUAAACAGACAGCGCGUGUGCAAAGUGAAGACUAUACCACUGAUCCCACAACUGAAGAUGAGACACUCAAACGGCGCAAGGGUCCACAAAAGACGACCAGAAAUUUGGCAUUGGAAGAUGCCAUGGCCAGAAAUUCAGGGGAAGACGCCGUAGACGGCGCCGUGCCAAUCCUGGCUCAAAAGGCUUGCCCCAAACCCAAACGAAUCACCAAGCAGCAUCGGCGCCAAGGUCCAACCUCUGCUGAAGAGCAGGAUGAAGCUGCCACAGCAAUCCUGCCCCCAAAGGCUCGCCCCAAACCCAAACGAACCAGCAAGCAGCUUCAGCGCCGAGGUCCAACAUCUGCUGAAGAGCAAGGAAACAUUGACGGGCUGGAAGAUGCCGCAGACCCAAAUUCAAGAGUCGCAGCGCCAAACCUGCUCCCAAAGCCUUGCCCCAAACCCAAACCAAUCACCAAGCAGCCUCCUUGCCAAGAUCCGGCCUCUGUUGAAGAGCAAAGAAACAUUGAAGAUGCAUUGUUUAUCCGAAAGUCCACAAGACGCCGACAAGAAAAGGUCAGGGAGGCACCACCUGCACAACUACGUUUGGAAAAAGAUGCGUUGAAACGAAAGGGCGCCAAAAGGGGCGCCAAUGACAUUACAAAUGCACCGAGUAGAAACUGA